GGAGACCCACAGCCACUGGAGAGGGCACUCGCUAGGAAGGGCACACGCGUGCGACUUUCAGGGCCCGCGGAACUGUCCGCCACUUCGAGUUCCCUCGAGCGCGGUGCGCCGGCUCCGAACUUUGGUGUUCGCAGCUGUUUUGGGGGCUGGAGGGUUCGUGGAGUCCUGGAACUGGAGCGACGCUGGGUCCUCUGGUUGUCCCCUGGAGGGGAGGGCACACGGGCGGGGACAUCGGGGUGCUCCUUUCCCACGGCGUGGUGCAUUUGGGCGUAACUCACCGGGAGGCGUUUCCUGAGACCCUCGGGGAACUUAGAGGAGAGCCAAGACUGAAGUUCAAGGCCCUGCCUUCCCUGUGAACUGACGUUUGUGGCCGGUCAAGUUCGGGAACAAGACGCUGUCAUCACAGAUUAGCGCUCUGUGGCCUGCCUGGCCACAUCCAUCCAACAUGGUGGACACAGAGAGCCCCGUCUGUCCUCUCUCCCCACUCGAGGCAGAUGACCUGGAAAGUCCCUUAUCUGAAGAAUUCUUACAAGAAAUGGGAAACAUUCAAGAGAUUUCUCAGUCCAUCGGCGAGGAGAGCUCUGGGAGCUUCAGUUUCGCGGACUACCAGUACUUAGGAAGCUGUCCAGGCUCCGAGGGCUCUGUCAUCACAGACACCCUCUCUCCAGCUUCCAGCCCUUCCUCGGUCAGCUGCCCUGUGAUCCCCGCCAACACGGACGAGUCCCCUGGCAGCGCCCUGAACAUCGAGUGUCGAAUAUGUGGGGACAAGGCCUCAGGGUACCACUACGGAGUUCACGCGUGUGAAGGCUGCAAGGGCUUCUUUCGGCGAACUAUUCGGCUAAAGCUGGUGUACGACAAGUGUGAUCGAAGCUGCAAGAUUCAGAAAAAGAACCGGAAUAAAUGCCAGUACUGCCGUUUCCACAAGUGCCUGUCCGUCGGGAUGUCACACAAUGCAAUUCGUUUUGGAAGAAUGCCAAGAUCCGAAAAAGCAAAACUGAAAGCAGAAAUUCUUACCUGUGAACACGACCUGAAAGAUUCGGAAACUGCAGACUUCAAAUCCCUGGGCAAGAGAAUCCACGAGGCCUACCUGAAGAACUUCAACAUGAACAAGGUCAAGGCCCGGGUCAUACUCGCGGGAAAGACCAGCAACAACCCGCCUUUUGUCAUACAUGACAUGGAGACCUUGUGUAUGGCCGAGAAGACGCUUGUGGCCAAGAUGGUGGCCAACGGCGUCGAAGACAAGGAGGCAGAGGUCCGGUUCUUCCACUGCUGCCAGUGCAUGUCCGUGGAGACCGUCACGGAGCUCACAGAAUUUGCCAAGGCUAUCCCAGGCUUUGCAAACUUGGACUUGAACGACCAAGUCACCUUGCUAAAGUACGGUGUGUAUGAAGCCAUCUUCACGAUGCUGUCCUCCUUGAUGAACAAAGACGGGAUGCUGAUCGCGUAUGGCAAUGGCUUCAUCACGCGCGAGUUCCUAAAGAACCUGAGGAAGCCGUUCUGUGACAUCAUGGAACCCAAGUUUGACUUCGCUAUGAAGUUCAAUGCCCUAGAACUGGAUGACAGUGACAUUUCCCUCUUUGUGGCUGCUAUAAUUUGCUGUGGAGAUCGGCCCGGCCUUCUAAACAUAGGCUACAUUGAGAAGUUGCAGGAGGGGAUUGUGCACGUGCUCAAGCUCCACCUGCAGAGCAACCAUCCGGAUGACACCUUCCUCUUCCCAAAGCUCCUUCAAAAAAUGGUGGACCUUCGGCAGCUGGUCACGGAGCAUGCGCAGCUCGUGCAGGUCAUCAAGAAGACCGAGUCGGACGCAGCGCUGCACCCGCUGUUGCAAGAGAUCUACAGAGACAUGUAUUGAUCUUUCCUGAGAUGGCAGGCCGUUGCCACUGAUCAGGGACCUCCGAGGUCUGCAGCCCCAUACAGGAGAGCAGGGAUUUGCACAGAGGGCCUCACUCCUACCCUUGUGGAUGAAGAGGGCGGAGCCUAGGUAAUGCGGGCUCUUCCCAGAUCCUUACUUUCUGAAUGGGCACUUCUAAGACUACCUGCUACCGAAAUGGGGGUGAUCGGAGGCCAAUAGGAUUCAGACAGUGACAGACAAUGGCAGUCCCCAGUCUGACCUUAACUGGCCCAAUGUUAAUCAAUGCACAGCACUCUACGUUGCGUUUAUAAUUCGCCAUUAAUUAACGGGUAACCUCAAAGUCUGAGCGGUCUGUUCCCUUCCUGCCGUCCUUCUGGCUAUGUGCACUCUUUUAAAUCCCUGAAAACUAAUCUGCACUUUUUAACCUUUGAAAACCAACAAGUCAAGGUGUGGCCCAAGGUUAGCCUUUUAAAUGUGGCAAAAAAAAAAAAAAAAAAAAA